AUGUCUGGGGGACCUUACGAUCCUCGUCUGUUUUUCAGCAUCAACAAUAUCCGAGCGUUCCAUAUUCAAAAUGGAGAGGAGUCGGAACUCACCCCAUCAGGCCCUCAAACCCUCUCUCUUUUGAUGGUCCCAACCUCAUGCCCGUCUACGGAUCCCGAAUUAGCCUCCCAGCCUCCAGAAGACGACUUCUACCUCCAUCUGCACCUCCCCCCCGAGUUGGAUCUGCCUUUACCCGCAACAACUCAGAUAUACCACCAGCCACCCGACAGCUACCUCAUCCCACGCUGGGAUCUGGGACCCGAAGCUGGGGCAUUCACGCGUAUCCAAUUUCCUCCAAUCGGCAAUGGUCCAGAUGAAGUGUCCCAGGAGGACGUGGACACCUUUGAAACUAUUCUCGCUCAGUGUACGGCCUUCCUCGAGCGGUCUUCCCCCCCAAACUUUGCUACAUAUAACCCUGCCACAUAUGCUCCUGGUGAAGGAUACGUUGGAACCGGGAGUGACAACAAGAAUGAGACGGUGAAACCCAAGUCCGGUCAAAUCGUGCUGGUUGACGAGGAGAAUGGAAGCGUGGUUGGAGAGUUGACAGAUGGCUUCAACGUCGUGGAGGCUGCAGAUGUGAAACACGGCUCCAAGAGUAUGUCCAAUCUCACCCUACACAAUUCUGGUAAUAAUUUUUGCCAACCAGAGCUGCAAAAAAUAGAUCCAGUUGAAAUCCAGCUCCCCUCCGAGGGACAAGGUAACAAGAUCAGAGUUCAGAAUAUGUCUGAAGAAUAUCUGCACACCGCGAGACACCCGGCCUAUGCAAAGUCCACCAUUGUUCAGACAUCUGCCACCGCCUCGCGCCUGUUGGUUGCAGGUUCUGCGUUUAUCGGCAAGUCACUGCAAUCCGGCGCAAACACCUUCACCCAGAAAACAAAGCCCAAUGCCAAACCCAUGACAUUCAAACCAACGACCCACGCACGGAUCAGGAGGAUCAAUACAAUCUCCACCAGCGCCGCGGGACUCUCAUCCAAAACUGUUGGUACGGUAACCAAGAUAGCGCAGAACUUGGGUGCCUCCGUCGCGGGCAAGAACCUAGGUUCAAAACCAAGAGGCUACGAUGAAAAUGGCCAGCCAAUCUACGACUACAAGCCCGGCAUCCUGAAUAAGUCCCUCAUCGCCUUCUCGACAAUCGCAGACGGUAUCGACCAGAGCGCCAAAAAUCUCCUGCAUUCCGGACAAUAUGCCGCAACCACAGUCGUUGGCCACCGCUACGGCGAAGAGGCUGGCAGAGUCACCGCCAACCUAGCUGGCGGGGUGAAAAAUGUCGGCCUGGUCUACAUUGAUGCUGCGGGCGUGUCUCGCAAGGCCGUUCUCAGAUCCGUUGCGAAGGGAAUGGUAGUAGGUCGCAUGAAGGAUGGACAGCAAAUUGUCGUCAGCGGCGAUGAUCCUGGGAUGUUUGGGCAGCAGCCUCCACCUCCUCCCUCCCGCAUGGGGUCGGGGAGUAGCCAAAGCCUAUCUGGCUUAACAGCUGUCAACCCUCCUCACCAUCCUCGUGGUCCGUCCCCCGCUCCUACCCCACCACCUGCCUAUGGUGUGCAGACUGGGCGCUCGCUGGGCGGCACGCCAUUGCGUAAUGGCAAGCAAUCAAACACUUAA